ACAUUUGAACAGUACAGUCCUACAGUACAGAGUCUGUGGGAAACGGACACUGGCUGCGGCGGCGCGCGGAGACUGUGCGCAUGCGCAUUAGUUGAACCACUACAGCAGCAGCUACAGGAGCCAUGGCAGAUGAAAAACCAAAGGAGGGUGUCAAGACAGAAAACAAUGAGCACAUCAACCUGAAAGUGGCAGGACAAGAUGGAUCCGUGGUGCAGUUCAAAAUCAAAAGGCACACUCCACUCAGCAAACUCAUGAAAGCUUACUGUGAACGACAGGGCUUGUCCAUUAGCCAAAUAAGGUUUCGAUUUGAUGGACAGCCGAUUAAUGAAACUGACACCCCUUCACAGCUUGAAAUGGAAGACGAAGACACAAUCGAUGUUUUCCAGCAGCAAACGGGAGGCUCUUUACACUGAAGACCAUUUCCUUCAAACAUUUUCUACCUCCCUCGCUCAUCCUCCAACCAUUUGUUCUCCUCAGCGUUUGACAUCUGGGAAUCUGCCAUGUCCUGACGCAGAGCUGCAACGACUGAUCAACCAACGUGACUAAUCCAUCUGUAAAACAUAAUCGCCAUAUUUUGAUAAGCGUAAAAACUAUCUGGACUAUACAGACUUUAAACAGACUCUAAACACGUACGAAAACACCUGUGAUAACCAGGGUAUUAUUAAUGAUUUAUUAUUAAUGGUUUUUCACUAAAAACGCACAACAUUAGUAAAUAUUCUCUAUUUAAAAGCCUUCAGUUGUAUUGCAACCUUUAUUUGGUCGAUAAUGAUUUUAAAAAGACCCAUUGUACAACAGAAAUAAUUAUACUAGCUGAUUUAUUUAACUAACUUGUCGUCUACUAAAAUAAUCAUCAGUUGCAGCUCUAGCGUGAACAGGCGACGUCUUUCUUUAGGCUGUUUUACACUUUUAAGAGCCCUAUUAUUUCAAAUUAUUGCUACAGUUUUAGCUGUUUAAAAAAAACAUUGUCCCAUUUGUAGGUCGCGAGAACACAUUUUGAACCUCAACAUAACAAAGAUCUGCGAGAAACGAUAAUAUUGAAGCUACUUAAUGCCACUGAUUUUAAGAUUAAAAUAAAGCAACCUAAUCCCAGGAAAUCCUUUUUAUAUAGACAGUUUCAUUAAAA